GUGCGUUCAGCCUUAAUGCGGUUGUGCCUUUUUCUCUUUCCAGGGAACAAUAAGGAGGAGGAGGAGGCCAUGAUGCAGGAGUGGUUCACGCUGGUCAACAAGAAGAACGCCCUCAUCCGCCGACAGAACCAGCUCUCCCUGCUGGACAAGGAGCACGAUCUGGAGAGGCGCUUCGAACUGCUCAACCGGGAACUGAGGGCCAUGCUGGCGAUUGAAGACUGGCAGAAGACAGAGGCACAGAAGCGUCGGGAGCAGCUGCUGCUGGACGAGCUGGUCAUUCUGGUCAACAAGCGGGACGCCCUGGUCCGGGACCUGGACGCCCAGGAGAAGGAGGCUGAAGAGGAAGACGAGCACUUUGAAAAGACCCUGGAACAGAACAAAGGAAAAAUGGCCAAGAAAGAAGACAAGUGUGUCCUUCAGUGACUCCCCACUGUCACAUUUUGUAAAAAAAAAUAAAUAAAUAGAUAAAGAAAUUAAACAAAACAUAUCUUUAUAAUGAGUAUUACAACAGAAAAACGGAAAAAGUCAAAACACUACUAAAAGCAUUACGUGAAGCUGAAAACCUGGCUGUCGUUUGGAUCAGAACCGAGCGGUUCUGUGCCUUCACAGGGCUUCAGAACCGGUCCCUUCCAUGCCUGGUUACCAGUUCCAGUAUUCCGGGGUUUUUGGUUCGUUUUGUUUGCUUUUGUCAAACAGGUUAAGGUACUUGUUCUUAAUGCCACAUAGCCCCACUACAAGUGAAGCGUAUCUAAUGGAGUCACAUAUCUUUAAAAAUUAAACAAAAUGUAAAAAAAAAAAAACAUGAAUGAAACGUAUUACAUCUAAUUGCUUUAUAUUUUGUCGGUUUUACAAAUAAGAUAAUGCAAAUUCAAAUGCACACAGUCAGUUUGACUGUUUUAUUUUGGGAGGAGUAUGUCUAUAAUUGCUGAAAUAUGCAGCGUGUCUAUGGUCCUGGUUAUCAAGGCAAGGUUACCUAGUGAGAUUCAGUCUGGCGGAAAUCAGAUUUGUCCUGAACUUUGACUAAAUGAAGAAAAGGUUACUUAUUUCCUACCUUAAGUGACAUUGUGUAUGUAACAUUAGCUUAUAUUGGUUACUGAAAGUGAACCACAAAAUGUGUUGAAGUUAGAUUGAAUUUGGCCCUAAAAGCAGAAGAUAAAACAUGCAUCACAUACAUACUUAUUGCAUUUUGUCAAUAUCAAACCUCAAUGCCCGUUCUAGUAAUUAUUAUUGGCGCGAGGGAGAGAGAGGAUUGUAUUCAAAUAGAAAAAAAAUUGCAUUUGUCUUUGGAGCAUUAAAACAUAAUGGUGCAUUCUCUAACAUUGUAUAACGAAUGAAACUGCUAUGUGUAUUUGUUUGUGUACAUUUGUAUGGAUAUAGACACAUGUGCAUAUAUACACAUACAUGUGAAAUGUAUGUGCAUGUAUUUGAGUGUGCGUAUAAGUACAUGUGCGCACACGUGUACAUUUACACUUACACGUCACAAACAUGGCCGCCUCUGAGAUUGGUGAGAAUAUUUUAUAUAUAUGAACUUUAACCGAAAGCUCAAAGUUUAUCACACAUGUUUAGAGCAGAUUCUCACAUUGUGUUGCCUUGGGGCAGUUGCCCUGGGGCAUUUGCCCUGGCGCUGUUGCCUUGGUGCAGUUGCCAUGACGCUGACGCCAUGAUGCAGUUGCCCUGGCGCAGUUGCCAUGACGCAGUUGCCCUGGCGCAGUUGCCAUGAUGCAGUCGCCAUGGUGCAGUUGCCCUGGCGCAGUUGCCAUGACGCAUUUGCCAUGAUACAGUUGCCCUAGAGCAGUUGCCGUGACGCCAUGACGCAGUCGCCCUGGCGCAGUCGCCAUGACGCAGUUGCCAUGAUACAGUUGCCCUAGAGCAGUUGUCAUGACGCAGUUGCCCUGGUGGAAAACACCUGGCCUUUGAGAGACUUGCUGUGGUGAGAGGAUAGGAGUGGUUGGGCAGCCUGCCAGUCAUCACCGCUAUAGCUUGCAGAACGUUUGCUCAAAAAUAUAGUUGAUAAACGGGGUAAUUAUUUAUUGCUGUUUGUCCUUUUUCUUGAGUCACAUGCCAGUGAGUGUAACAUCAGGACCAUGUAUAGUACAUUUGCUCAAGGAGUUUUGUUAAUAUUUAUUAUGUACUUCAAACGAAAACAAAUAUGCUUUAAUGUGCAAGACGUCUUGGUUUUCGCAUCUGUUGCAGCUGUCUUUUGUGCAAACGGUCACUUGUUUAUUUAUUCCAGUGUCAUAUACGAGUUCAAUAAACUCCCCAAGUACUUUCAUA